AUGGCCAAAACACAAAAGCUUGCCUCUGCAGUCAACAUCCACCGCGGUCAGCGGCGAUUUGCCGCGGUCAGCAGUGAGGGAAUCCGGAAGGUCAAGGCUGAGCAUCAGCGGCCCGGAGGACUACCACAACAAAUUGAGAUUCCAGAUUGGAAAUGGGAAAAAAUUACUAUAGAUAUUGUCACCGGGAUACCACAAACUCUUAGAGGUUAUGACUCUGUAUGGGUGAUUGUAGAUCAAGUGACAAAAUCAGCACAAAAUUUUCCGGCUUCACGGAGUUCCAGCUGUGAGACUAGCUUAUUAGGACCCGACUUAGUACAAGAAGCUAUUGACAAGGUUCAAUUAAUUAGGCAGAGAUUUCUCACAGCUCAAAGCAGACAAAAGUCUUAUGCAGAUAAGAGAAGAAGAGAUUUAGUUUUCAAAAUUGGGGACAAAGUGUUCCUACGAGUCUCCUCUAUGAAAGGUAUGAUGCGAUUUGGAAAAAGAGGUAAACUGAGCCCCAAGUUUGUAGGACCGUAUGAGAUACUAGACCGAGUGGGAGCUUUGGCUUAUCGUUUGGCACUUUCUCCUGAGUUGUAUUUUAUUCAUCCAGUGUUACAUGUCUCUAUGCUUAGAAAAUGUAUGUCGGACUCCUCUCAUGUGCUUGAAGCACCGACUAUACCGUUUGACGAAAAGUUGUCUUACGAGGAGGAACCGAUGGUUAUUGUUCAUAGACAAGUAAGAAAGCUACGGUAA